AUGACUGAGGAUCAAACGCUGAUCGACAUUGAGAAUUGCGUUCUUAGCAAGCGUCUUUAUCAUUCGGAUCAAUAUCAUCGCGUCAAUGAUACAGAAAAGCAAGCGAUCCAAAAAGAUCUCCUUGAUUGGUACCAUAAGGAGAAAAGAACCAACAUGCCAUGGCGGAAGGACAGUGACAAAACGUGGAAUGCGAAGGUAUUUGAAGAACACAGUGUCAACCUUGCUACUGUGAUAGCUUAUUACAACAGAUGGAUGGAAGCUUUUCCCACUAUAAAUGAUUUAGCCGCCGCUGAUAUCGAGAAAGUCAACAAGUUAUGGGCUGGUCUAGGUUAUUACUCUCGUGCGAAGCGACUAUGGGAAGGUGCACAAAAGGUUGUCAAUGAUUUUGAGGGUUUAUUACCCAAUAACGCAAAGGAGUUGGAAAAGAAUAUUCCCGGUGUAGGAAGGUAUACAGCUGGUGCCAUUGCUUCGAUAGUUUAUGGAGAGCGUACACCUGUGGUAGACGGUAAUGUUAUAAGAGUAUUGUCGAGAUGGAGAGCAAUUCAUGCAGAUCCAAAAAAAGCAAAAACAGUGGAUUUACUAUGGACGAUUGCAGGAGAUGUUGUAGCGGAAUCAAAUCCAGGUGAUUUUAAUCAGGCCAUGAUGGAACUAGGGGCGCGUAUUUGUACGCCUCAGAAUCCUGAUUGCGAAAAGUGCCCUAUCAAAAACAACUGUCGAGCCUAUAGGCAAUAUAAAUUGUCAAGAGAGCUUUUGAAAGGCGGCUUCUUUGACAAAAAUGCAAAGAAGAGAAGACAGUUAACGACUGAGCAUGGCUGUUCGAUAUGCCCAGAAAUUGAAAUAGAUUUAGGCGAAAAAGAGUAUUCCGUAACAAGAUAUCCACUCAAGCUAGAUAAAAAACCAGCAAGAGAUGAACAAUCUGCUGUAACAAUCAUAGAAAGAGUCUUACCCAAAGAUCAGGAACCGAUUUAUUUGAUAUCGAAAAGACCAAAGACCGGUCUUUUGGCUGGUUUAUGGGAAUUCCCCACCUUGGAGUUGAAUACACUAGACACAACUUACGCUGAAAGAAAAGUCAAGGCAUCAACAUUUCUACGGAAUAGAUACGGUUUAAACCUAGAGGAAGAGGGAUUAGAAGUAAAUCGAUAUGAUCUAGGCAAUGUUGUGCACCUCUUUUCGCAUAUCAGGAAGGUAUAUCAUAUCGAAUGGAUACAGUUCAGAAAUCCAGUAGAUGAAAACGUUACUAUCGAUACAGUGAAACAAACCACAGAUGCUUUGACAGACAUCAAGUGGGUUACUAUGGCAGAACUGAAAGUAUCCGCUAUUCCUACGGGUUUAAAGAAAGCCAUCAAAUUAUUAGAGAAGCACAAAACAACUACAUCGACAUCCCUCACUAAAAAGAAAACAGUGGUCAAAAAAGCAGGAACGAUCAAAACAGCUGAUAUCAGUUCGUUCUUUACUUUAGCCAAAUAG